CGACUGUUGGCACUUUAUAACGACGACGUAUCCGUCCUGCAAUUUAUUCCAAUUCUCGAUGAAAGAAAGUCCCCUCCUGAAAAUUCAUGAACCUGAUCCACCUGACGAUUCUUGUCAUUCGAUACCCUGCCUCAAAAACUGCCUGCUGCUUGCUGGCAGCCGCCGAGACCUUCUCGGGCGAGCCGGACCUCGGGGCAGGGAGGGCACUGCCCGUUUACGAUGUCCCCGCCAUGAGGCUCUGUUGCCUUAGUCGGACUGGCUCACCGAAAACAAGAAGAAAACGAUGCAACGACUGGAACCACGACAAUGUCCUCGGAUGUUGCUGCUCGGAUUAUGACCCAGGCACACUUGCAUUGCCCCCUUCGUCAACUGAUGACCCUGCCGGUUCGACGAGACCGGUUGCCCUUCCGAUGAAACAUGUUCCCUUCGAUCUAUUCCAUGCUAUACUAACCCUUCGUCACUGCAUAUCAGUAGCAGCGCCGGUACUGUCACUGCCCAUACUCCCGACGUCCGGAGCCGGCGCCCGCCGGCGCCCUAUGGCGACCCACGACCCUGCCACGACACAACCUCAAGCGAUCGUUCACCUGCCUUUUUUCCACAUGUGCCCUUCGAACCUUCGUCUUGCUCAAGAGCUUUGUGUUUCCUCAUCAUGCUCAAGCUUCUUGGCCCUGUGUGUCGUCUACUGGGUGUUUCUCACUGUUGAAGCUGGCCCUUUCAUGCAGGGUCGAGUCACCUGGUCCCUUCUUUUCUGCCUUGGGCAACAAGUGCUGCCAGUUUUAUGCAAAGUGCCCUUGCAUAGCUGAGGCAAGAACACGACGCCGGUUACGACUUGGACCUGCGAGCCUCAAAAGUCUGCAGGGCGAUAGUGUCCGACAACGGGACCGCUGAACCGAUCCUGAAUCCAGGGCAUUGGAAAUUACAGAAGUCUGUUGCCAAAAUAAUCUAUAACAAUGGAUUAGUCCCCUUGGAUAUGGUUGGGGGCAUACUCAAGGACGUUGUGCAAAGUCGAGGACCUGGAAAAGUUUUGGGUGCAGCCUCGCGAUUGUCUCAAUUCCACAACAUCGUAACUAAGAGAAGAGAUUGGUGAAUUCCCCGGCAGUCAUGAAUUACACAUACCAAUUCCCCCAAAGCCCGGAUGAAACUAUUGAUCAGCUCUCUCGAUAUCCGGCAGAACCUGACAAGAGUGGUCAGCACAACGCAGGCUGCCUGUUCGUGAACCGCAUCUCUGAGCCCUGGCCACACAAAUAUAUCAAGUACGUUCUGAUGGAGUGGUAUAUCUACCGAAAUGAGAACAAACUGCCGUCGAGUCCAUGGGAUUGCCCUCUUCCAAGUUGCUAUGCAAAGCUUAAGAACUUCCGGGACGUGAUCAGUCAUCUUGAGGAUUGCCUCAAGCCCAACUUGAGACAAUAUACCUGCCCCGACUGUCACAAAACUGCCCAAGUGCCCGCUGCCAUUGAAAGUCCCGGACAGAAGGCCAUGUUGAAGCUCACGAAAAGUAUGGACAGUAUCCGGGAUCAGUUCAGCCCUCGAUCUCAACCUUCUUCUCCUGGCUCUUCUCCGACGGCAGCGUCGUUCUCAUCCAACCUCAGCCUGACCAAGGCCAAUGAACUAGCCUCCAUCACGUCUUAUUGCGCCGAGAAGCCCACUUGCAACCCACAGGAUCUCGGUCUGUCCACCAAGCAUGAAAUGAUUGGAUCCAUCAAGAUAGACACACAGCUUCGCCCACCCCAAUUAUACGAUAUGUGUUGCGAGUUAUCCGGCCUGACUGCAGCUACGACCUCAUCAUACCGAAGCGAGCUGCCGACCCCUUUCUCAGCACAUGAACUUCCUUCAGCCUCGCGUUUUCCUCACAAUAUGGCGACCCCAUCGGAAUCCCCAUGGUACGAACUGCCAGGCUCAGAUGGCCCUAUUGGGUUCCCAUAUGCCGGCAUCACGCAUUCACCCUCUGACGGUCAACACCUGCAAUACGGUGGCUUCCAUCACCAGUCGACAUGCUCCGAUCUCCAAGAUCAAACAAUGUUUCACGAAGGUCAACCCCUUCUGCAAGAAGAGCAUUUCUUGUUGGAAGAGACCGCAAACAUCCAGCAGCAUGGGGCGAACACGGAGGGGAUGCCGGGCAUCCAUUUCAACCGCGAUCCUAAUGCCGACUACCCCGAUAUCCUGCAGCAAUUCGAACACCAGAUCGACGACUGCUUCCAAUCCCAACGCGGGUCCAUCUUUACCAACUUGCACGUGGGAAACAUAGCCGGCCACCAAGUCCUCACCCCCGUCACCGACUUGGACUCCGACUUCGGCGCCGAAUUCACUUCCCCGACCUCCCCGACCUCCUGCGCCAACAUGUCAAUGGCAGAAACCCUCGUGGCAAGCGAGGGCAACCCCUCACCCUCGUCCCCCAACAGCACCACGACCAUCGACGGGCAGUCCUCCCCCUCCUCCCCCUCCUCCCCCUCCCCCCACAGCUGUCCAAAGUGCAAGUGGAGCCCGGACACCACGGGUGGCAACAGGUCGCCGUCGAAGCUCCGGCAGGCGGUGGAGAAGCACUUCAAGCGCAACCACAUGAGCCAGGACCACCUGUGCCCGGCGUGCCCGCAGUCCUUCCGCAACAGGCCGGACAAUGUCAAGCCACACGUCAAGAGGAAGCACCCGGAGGUGUUCAUGAAGCUAUACGGCCAGAAGAGGAAGACGGCGGCGGCUGCUGCUGCGCAGCCGCAGGACCAGUCCUGGCGCCCCAAGGACGAGGGCCGGGCUGGUAGCAACAUUGAGGCACCGGUUGGCAAGCCGGCGGCUGACAAGAGGAGUGGGAGGCAUGCGCGGCCCCCAAGGGGCUUUGCGCGGCCGGAGGACCAGUUUUGAUAUUAUCUUCUUUUGUCCUCCGGGUCACUGCUCCUGGAUUAUAGGGGACAAGAUUGUGGCUCUUGAUGGUGUAACGAUUUCUGGCUAUCUAUCUCCUUGGUUGACUG